GUGCCCAGCUCAUUAGUCCCUCUGGGGAAGCAGAAGUCGCGGGUGGAGGUUUUGGUUUCUGCUGGCGCGCACGUAACCAGGAAACGAAGGCGCUACCAGGAUCUUGGGCGGCAACACAACCUUUGGAAGCUGCUACUGCACUUGGUGCCGGCCCCCCGCGGCCCCAGCCUCUGGCUCCUGAGGAAAGAAAGUUCCUUCUGAGUCACCGUGUUCAAAGCCGUCCCAGGCUUGCCUCUGUCCCUCAGGCCCUGGACAUUUAGGAAAGCUAGAGCUUGAGAGGGUGUGGGGGGUAGGGGUGGUGGUGGAGGGGCGGCUAAGGUGAGCUAAGGGGCUAGGUUUUCCCACAGGACUGUUUCACCCACACCCCAAAAUGACACUAUGCCCUUUCCGGGAGUGACGUAAAGUGAGCCCGCCAUUGUAAUGUGGCCCCUGAGAGACCGGUCGGGCACAGUGCUGGACUUGUCGCCUGGGGAAAUGGUGGUCCCAGCUCUUAGCUCUGAGCUUGCUGAGACGGGAGCCCCGCACUCGUCGUGAGGAGUUAGUGGAUAAACGAAAAGAAAACUGUAGAAACAAGACAUUCUGACUUCAAAGCCAUAGCCACUGACCCUGUAGAUUAUCUCUGGACAGUUCCUAAGCACUUUUUUUUUUCUUCUUCCCCAGGUUAAUCUAGCUAAAAGCUAAAGUUCCAACCAUGUAUUUAUUUUCCCUAAUAUCUUAAUCUGUACCCCUCUAUGUGAUGGUACCUUUUGAGAGCAAGACUGAAAGUUUAUUCUGUUUUUGGAGAACAAGCUCUGUCCUCUGAAUAUAGAUGGGUGGCCUUUUUGUUCUAAUUUUGCUUACAGUUUCUUGUUUAUUUUGUAAUAAGAGCCAUAAACUAAUUUUGUAGUAAUUUAUAUUACUAGAUUUAUACAGUUGAUCCAAGAUGUCGACUUAGAGAAAAAUGUGCAGCAUGAGAGGUGUGAGUUAAAGUUUAUUCAGGGUUUUACUGAGGACUGUAGCCCCAGAGACAGCUUUCAGAUAGCACUGAGGAACUACUCCAAAGAGGUGAGGGUGGGGAAGCUAGUUUAUAUGUGAUUUUUUUUUUGAUGUUAGGGAAUACAUGCAGUCAACAUGGAUCUUGAUAAAAGAUCACUGCUAGUUACAAAGAACAAAUAUUCCAAGUUAAUGAUUAUAGUGCUUUUCUAUGUAUGGGAAGCAGAGUUCAUUAAAAUUCUUCGGGAAAUGCAUUUAACUAAGGGCCUGUUAGUCCAAAGCACAGAGCAUCCCCUUUUCAUCUUUUAUUUCCUCUGUCUGAAGCACUGAGUGCACCUCCUGUUAUCACUUUAAUCUCUUCAUCUGAAGCAUCCUGUGCCUUGCUGCCUCAAAGACUUGAAUACCCACUGUGGAGACAGGAUGAAGUUGACCAGUGAAAAGUUGCCCAAGAACCCCUCUUAUACUUCUCUAUCCCACUUUGCUGCUAAGAAUACAAAACUCUUCCAAUGGAGAAAGGAAAAGACUGAUCAUUACAGCCAUGCUGAUUUGGUGGAUAAGGCUUUGCAGCUCUUGAAGGAAAGGAUAAGAAGAGGGGAUACUAUGGCAUAUUUCCUACGAGGUCAACUUUAUUUUGAAGAGGGAUGGUAUGAAGAAGCGUUAGAACAGUUUGAAGAAAUCAAGGAAAAGGAUCAUCAGGCAACUUACCAGCUAGGAGUGAUGUAUUAUGAUGGCCUGGGGACGGUCGCAGACUCUGAAAAAGGAGUGGAAUAUAUGAAGAAAAUUGUUGAUUCUCCAUGCCCCAAAGCAAGACACUUAAAAUUUGCAGCAGCUUACAACCUUGGAAGAGCUUAUUACGAAGGAAAAGGUGUUAAACGAUCAGACAAGGAAGCUGAAAGACUGUGGCUUUUUGCUGCAGACAGUGGAAACCCAAAAGCUAGUGUGAAGGCUCAGAGUAUCCUAGGACUGUAUUACUCAACAAAGGAGCCCAAAGAGCUUGAGAAGGCAUUUUAUUGGCAUUCAGAAGCUUGUGGCAAUGGAAACCUGGAGUCCCAGGGUGCCUUGGGGCUCAUGUACUUCUACGGACAAGGUAUCCGCCAGGAUACUGAGGCUGCCCUGCACUGCCUAAGGGAAGCCGCGGAGCGUGGCAACGUCUAUGCUCAAGGGAAUCUCGUGGAGUAUUACUAUAAGAUGAAGUUCUUUACAAAGUGUGUUGCAUUUUCCAAAAGGAUCGCCGACUAUGAUGAGGUUCACGACAUCCCCAUGAUAGCCCAGGUCACAGACUGUCUCCCGGAAUUCAUCAGCAGAGGCAUGGCCAUGGCCUCUUUCUACCACGCACGGUGUCUGCAGCUUGGCUUGGGGAUCACAAAGGAUGAGGCGACAGCUAAACGCUAUUAUUCUAAAGCUUGUCGUCUGAAUCCUGCAUUGGCAGAUGAACUUCACACUUUACUUAUUCAUCAAAGAAUUUAGACCACAAUGCAUUUCAACAAAGAUCAUCGAUUGGAACAGCUUAGAAUGAGCAGAACACGGGCCUCACCUGGAAUGUUCUCGAGCAGCUUCUGCUGUGCUCUCCGCUUUGUUUCCUGGCUGUGCGCUCGGCUUUGUUCUUGGCGUGGAGUUGUUUUUGGCGGCGCCAGCUUCCCAUUGGGCCAAAA